AUGAUUAAGAAGAGGAAAGUUCCAACGGAUGGGAAGGGGAAGAGGAGAGUCCCAUUUGCCAAAGACGAGGAACUGAAUGUGGCCCCUUCUUCCCUGGGGAGUGGAAAAAAAAAAAAAAAUCGUGACAGCGAAGAUGAGGAGGAUGAGGAAGAAAGCAAAUUAAAUAAAUUAAAAGCAUCCCAAAAUUUAAAAUUGCUACAAUAUGUGAGGCUAAAAAAAAAGGGAAUAAAUGCGGACAACUUAAGUAAUGAUAAUGUAACCACACAGGAUGAAGAAAAUGAAAAUAAAUUGCACGAAAAGCAUUUCACCAAAAAUGUCACGGAGAAGGAAAUCGAAGAGGCACACAUAGAAAAUUUCAUUCGAAAAAAUAUGGACCAGUUUUACCAAGACGUUAAGAAGGGGAGUUGCAGAAGGGGCGGUGACGACGGUGCCAGCGUUGGUACUAGCGGUGGUACCAGCGAUGGUGAUGCUCACUCGGGUGAUGACCCCGUGAAGGACCUGUACAAACUGUCGGACCACCUGAAAGUCAAAAGCUCUGUUGCCAGCAACCCGGAGAAGCUGAACUGCAUCACAGGCAUAACGGAGAUUCCCCUGCCCAUCGAGGUGAAACUCAAAAAUAUUGAAGAGACGGAAAGGAUAAAGAGGAAGCUGCUGAAGAAGGCCAAGCUUGUAAAUUGAGGGGGCAGUGUUAACCAAAUGAAGGAGCAGAGUUGGCCAAGUGAAGGAGCCAAUUUCGUAAAUGUUCGAAAUGUGUGUAGAGCUGCAUCACCCCCUGGGGUGGAGAACGUGACGGGGUCCCAGUUGGAGGACCCCACUCGUUCCCCUGCGAGGAGUUCUCCAUCCCCCCCUCAUUUAGUCGUUAUCAAAACUUUGAUGCGAUUU